AUGGCUUUUUCUAACCUCAAAGCCCUUGCAUACAAUAUCCACAAAAUCACAGGAGAUACUAUAAUUCAAGAAAUCGAAAUCCCAGAAAUCCCGAAAUGCUCAAUCUGUACAAAGGAUAUCUUAGUAGUUGGUUUACAAUACUCGAAUGUGGACAUAUAUUUCACAGACGUUGAUGUUGUUGAUGAGGGUUCCAGACGAGAUUCUGCAUCUUCUCAAACAAGUGGGACUUCGACUCUAGUUAACGAAUUUACCUGUAAUAUUGAGAUUAAUUUUUCCGGAACAACAUCUCAGGGUCAAGCAAUGGAUCUGGAUAAAAAUGAAGAAACAGAGCAUCAGCAUGGGCCGGCUGAAGGCUGA